CUGAUGCCAGGGCUUCAUUACCUUACUCUACCUUUUAUUUAAAGUAAAAUGAAAUGCUUAUUUAAAGUAAAUAAAGAAGUUAAAAUAAAGAUUGUUUCCAUGUGCAGUUUGGCAGAAGAGAGGCAACCAAAUAAUUUUAUAUUGGGGAAAAAUGGUGACCAGGGCAAGCAGGUGGCUUUGAAGUCUGUCCUCGCUUGGCUUUCUUUUUAGUAUCUUCUUCUCAGUUCUUUACCAAGGUUACUGGAAGAUAAAUAAUGCUAUCUGUAAGCUUUUCAAACACCAGUGCUGCUGGAAAUUCCUGCAACAGAGAAGAACUGUAAUCUUUUAAAUCAUUAUUCAUUAAGAAGGACUGGAGGUAUAAUGCUUGAAUGCUACAGUUGCCCCACUCAGGUGUGCACUGCCCUGCGGAGACAGGCUGUUGAACAAGAAACCUCCAAAUCCUAUUUUUACUUAAUGGGGAAUUUUCUUCCUUCAAGUGAAGGAAGUUCCUAGAUAGUUCUGAUAACUUCGUUGUUCAUAAAGGCAGUUGUAUGGAGGAACAACUGGAGAUGGAGGACAGAAUAAUGAGAAAGCUACCUGCAGAGAGUGAGAAUGGGAAGCAAACUAAACAAGUCUCAUUGUAUGUUGGGACCACGAUUAUACAUUGGAUACUCUUACUUGUCUGCUUGAUCCUUUUUGGUUUGUCCCAUUUUCGGAGCCCAGGUUCCCAGACCCAGUGGAUCUACAUCAAGCCUAGCAAUCUCUCCAUCACAUACCGGAAACCGAUCAGCCUUAAGAAGAAAGAUGGGCCAAUGGAAGUCAAUCUUGUGAAUCACUCAAUCCCAAUCCAUUGUGAUGGUCUUUAUCUGUUCUUCUUGAAGGGGACAAUCACAAGAAACAAGGGUCCAUUGAGUCUUCUGGUUUACCAACAGCCUAGCCUGCACUUUCUGAAGAUCAACUGCAGUGACCAGAAGACUGAAGUACAAGAAAUCUUUGUGCGUGAGUUUCGUUCUAAAGAUGAGGUGUAUUUGGUAUACAAUGGGCCUAAUGAAGACAUUGGAACCUCUAAACAUGACCUAACAUUAAAUCUCAUAAUGUUAACUCCUCAUUCAUAUUGUUAUCCUGCAAAAUAAUAAAAAGCUCACUAGGGA